AUGAGCCCAUCGCCAGUUUUGCUAACAAUUAAUGAUUAUCGAAAAUAUUCGGAGAGAAAUUUGAUAAAAUUGGCGAGAGAUUAUUAUGAAUCUGGAGCUGAAAGAGAACAAACAUUGAGAAGAAAUGAAAAAGCUUUUGAAAAGUGAGUUUGGAGGAAAUUAAUUGAAAAUACCUCACAAAAUAUAUUUUUUCUUGAAUAUAUCUUCUGAAAUUAUUUUUAAAAAAUUAAAAAAAGUUGGUCGCCAUGUGGGGUCGAACCCUGGUUUCGCAAAAGCUUGGCAAAUGUGCAGACCACUCGGCCACGCAUGCGUUUUUUUUUAUGUCGAAAAUGUUGAAUAUAAAAUGCGCCCUUUCAAAGUUCCGCCAAUAUUUUUCAGUAUUUUGAUUCGUCCAAGAUGUCUUCGAAGUGUUGAAAAUAUUGAUACGAGUAGUGAUUGGUUAAAUGGACAUAAAAUGGAAUUUCCGAUUGGAAUUGCACCAACAGCUUUUCAGAAAAUGGCUACAAAGGAUGGAGAAUUGAGUACUGUAAGAGGUAAAUAUUCCUUUUUUUCUCAAAAAAUCUCAUCAAUUUUUAAAACAGGAUCAGCAGCUGCAAAAUCAAUAAUGAUUUGUAGUUCUUGGUCAACAACAUCAAUCGAAGAUAUUGGAAAAGAAGCAAAGAUCUGUGGAGCAACAAUUUGGUUUCAACUCUAUGUUUAUAAAGAUCGAAAAGUGACGGAAGAAUUGAUUAAAAGAGCUGAAAAAGCUGGAGUUCAAGCAUUAGUUUUAACUGUUGAUACACCAGUUUUGGGGCGAAGAUUAGCUGAUACAAUUAAUGGAUUUAGUUUACCGAAACAUUUGAAAUUCGCCAAUUUUGAGAAUAAUCAACAAUCUGCAAUGCCGAAAGGAGAAGCUGGAAAAAGUGGAUUUAUGCAAUAUGUUAGCUCACAAAUUGAUCCAAGUUUAGAUUGGUCAACAUUGAAAUGGAUUAAAUCGUAAGUUUUCAUUUUUAGUAUUUUUGCUGAUGUAAAUAAUUAUUUUUUUUACAGAAAAACAAAUCUUCCAGUGAUUGUAAAGGGAGUUAUGCGAGGAGAUGAUGCUACAUUAGCAAUUUCUGCUGGAGUUUCUGGUAUAAUUGUUUCAAAUCAUGGUGGAAGACAAAUGGAUUCAGCUAUUGCUACAGUAGGAUCAUCAAUUUUUCCCCAAUAAUUCAAAAUUCCAGAUCGAAGCACUUCCCGAAGUUGUUUCAGCUGUUCAAGGAGCAAUCCCAGUGUUUUUAGAUGGUGGAAUUCGAACUGGUCUCGAUGUUUUCAAAGCAGUUGCUUUGGGUGCGACUGGUUGUUUUGUUGGAAGACCUAUUUUAUGGGGAUUGGCAGCUUCUGUUGGUUAAAUUUUAAAUUUUAUUGAACCUAAUAUUUGAUAAUCAUUUCAGGGAUCAGCUGGAGUUUCUAGUGUUUUGGGUAUUUUACAAUCUGAAUUCCGUCAUUCUUUGCAAUUAUCUGGAAUUCGAUCAAUCUCGGAACUUCAAAAUGAUUCACAUGUCAUUGUUCAUUCUUCCAAAUUGUGA